AUGAACUUUGUCGCUCAGGUCAAAGAAUAUGGCAAAGAACGACCGAAGUGUUUCUGUCGAUAUUUUGUGGGCACAGAGAUGCAUGCUCUUCAGCAGGCUAGUACUGUAAGUAUCUUAUACUUGAAAUUUAAAAUUUAUAUUUUUUUAAAUCUUUUCUAUUUUUAUGCUCAAAAUACAAUGAAAGUGUAAACGAAAUUGAUUUUUAUAGGCCCAAGACAGAUUAUCACAAGGCUUUUGGGCAUCUUUAAUUGUGUCGUUUUUGAUCAUAUCGAUAGUAAUGACUAAAAACACCUACGGUGACUUCUUAGACAAUCAAAUAUUGACUACUUUCUCUAUUAAACAGGUAAGCCUACCCCAACCCCUACACCUGCCUCUAUCUCUACCAUUACCAUAGUACCCUACCCUACCGUAGAAUACUCUAUCCCACAGUACACCACACUAUCAGAUGCUACUCUACUGUACCCUACCCUAGUGCAUUAUUACCUACUGUAUGCUACUGUACAGUUUUCUAUCCUUCAUAACCUUACCCUACCCAGCCCUAUUCUUCCUUACAUUACUCUACUUAUCCUACCCUACCAUACCCUACCAUAAUCUUACCCUCAACUUUAAUUUUAAAACUUACAGGUUGGAGAACUAGAAUUCCCGUCAGUAAUAAUGUGUCCAAAGAAUGCCGAUGCCCUUCAUAUACAUCUAGUCUACCGUGAUAUACGAAAACGUAUGAAAAAUAUGACAGAAGGCGAGAUGGACAAACUAAUAGGCUAUGCGAUGGCUGAUGCUGGCUUUGUUAAUAUGGAUGAGUUUGUUAAGAAUAUGACAGAUGAUCAACAUAAAGAGAAGACAAAGUUGUUGAACCAAUGGAAGGGUAGAAGGACACCUGACAAGUUUUAUCGAGAUCUCUUUCAAAAGUUUGGGUAUAAAUGUGAAGAGGUAUGAAUAGCGUGCCCUACCCUACUUUGUCCUAUCCUAUACUACCUUCCCCUACCCUGCCAUAGCCUACCCUACACUACCUAAUCCAGCCCUAGCUCUACCCCAGCUUACCUUAUUCCUAACGUGCCCUAACGUACCCUACCGUACCAUGCUCUUUUCUAACGUAUUACGUGGCGACAUAAGAAUCCGCCAUUUUUUACAGAAAAUUACAAGAAAAGUAUGGCGGGUUCUUUAUAUCGGCACCUAAUAUCUUACCCUAGCGCUACUGUAGCCCUACACCAGCUCUGAUCUAGGCCACCCUCCUAGCUCUACCCUUCUUUGACCUUACCCCUAACUUCCUCCGAUCGUUAAUUACUCGGUCCUAUCGUACUCUUACUGUGACCCUACCUUGCCCUACUCUACUCCAACUUACCCGACACUACUACAUCUUAUCUUACCCUGCCCUACUCUAUCCUAUCCUUACCCUGCUCUACUUUACCUUACCAUACCCGACACUAAUAUGCCUCUCUUUAGAUGUUCAAAGAAUGCAAAUUAGGAGCUGAAAAAGUGCCGUGUUGUCAACUAUUCAAAGAACAUUAUGUCAUGUUGAGAGGACGAUGUUUUCGACUGGUAAAGCUAUUUCAAGCCGAUCCUGAUUACCAUGGUCGAUUAUACUUGUCAAUGAAACAAGGACCAAGCCCGAUAUUGAGUCACGACAAAAUGCAGGUAACUAUUUCUUUUAUUUGUAAUAUGUAGGUACUGUAGUUUUUUACAGUAUUUUUAGCUUUUCACUUUAAUUUUUCCGUACCCUACUCUACCCUGCCUAGAUCACCCUACCCUAAUUUUCAAAUUUUUCUUGCUAUACGACUAUUUUCAGCCCCAAGUAGUAGCAUACAUAGCUCCACCAACAUCGGACGUCUCCACUUUUCCUCGGUAUUACCUAAACUACCAAUCCUAUAAUUAUCUCAGCGCUUCAGCUAAGAAUUUGCGCCUUCGACCGGACGUUUCAUCUUGUUUUCCAUCUGACGAAAGACGUGGAAAAAACGCGUGCUAUGUUAGAAGAUGGCUGUAUGAACGGUUCAUCACACCUAUGAACUGUACUCCAUUUUAUAUGAACUACCGUGCUCCAUGGGCUUCGGUUUGUGAGGUUGGAAAGAUUGCCAAAAUCUACUUUGACAUCAUUGAUGUUAGCAUGAAUGGGACUAAGGUAAGUUUUGAUUAUUGUUAUGGUGGUAUGUUUGUAGUGUGGGGAAGAUUAGGGUAGAGAACAAUAGGUAGGGUUAGGGUACGGUAGUAAUGGUCAAUCUUUUUUAGUGUCUACCAGCUUGCACUCGUACUGACAGGUACUUCAUUAUAUACACGAAGGAACAUACCACAUGGGAUGUCAGUAAGAACGUGCCUGAUUUCACAUUGGAAUUUGGAUACACUGACCUUGAGGUAGGUUUUUUCACAUUGCCUAGCCCUGCUCUGUCCUACCUUAUCCUCCCCUGCUCCGUCCUACCCUACCUUAUACUGCUCAGCAGUGUGCUGUAAUACCCGACCCUACUCUACCUCCUAGCCUUAAUGUUCAACUUUUAGUACGAACAGUACGAAGAAGUACUAACCACAACAUUGCCAGGCUUUGUUUCUCAAAUCGGUGGUCAAUUGAACUUGUUCUUAGGAGUGACAAUUUUGAGUGUUAUCCAGUUUGGACUAUCUUCUACAAUUUUUAUCUUUAAAAAAUGGAAAGGCGUCAAACAUAUUAACCUACACUCUCAUUUGAAAAAGCGAUGA